CAUAGCAGCGCCAAAAUAUGAAAUAUAGAUAUAUUGUGUCAGAAUAUACAUUAUUAUCAAUAGAAAAUCUUGAUGUGCCAAUGGAGCAGUUGGCGAUUAGACAGGCUCCGGAACUGCAGCGGCAAUUAAAUGUGAUGCAGGCGCAAAUGGCUGGUGUAUUGGGAGAGAUGCGACGACAACAAGCCUUAAUUGUUCGUUACGAGCAGCAGUUACAAGAACAGCAGCGGUAUAUAGAUCAACGCCAACAGAAUCUACCACAGGGCCAGCUUGGACGAAACGAGCAGCAAUUGCAUCUACAACCUGGCCAGCUCAUACAAAACGAUCAGCAGCCUCUGCAGCAACAAGAUGGGCAAGGACAACAACAACAUAAUCAACUGCAACCUUUGCAACAGCAAGCUGACUUACCAAUGCGUAACGACCAGCCUGUGCUUCAACAGAAUCAGCAAAACCAACGUAAUGAAUUGCAGCAGCAACAGCUGCCUCUCGGACAACAACAACAACAACAGCAGCAGCAUCGAGUACUGCAACAUCGACGACGACAACAACAACAUGGUCUCGUUGAGCAACGUCACGGACGCAGGAACUUAUCCGAUUCCUCCAGUGAAGGAGAAUCAGCAUCGAGAAACAACUCUCGUAGGCGACCAACGCGCAGAGGUGGUAAUAGCGAUAGUCAAGCAUACUUCCGGAAUUAUUAUAAUCCAUACAAACAAGCGAUAAGAGAUAGCGCCGACUUUUUUCAUCGGAUAAUCUCCAACGCCAGGAGCGAAACGAGAGCAAAUCGCCACCAGCUUAGCACUAAGCUCAGCGCGAAACGAGCUACGACUCUGGAUCUGACAAACUCAUCCUCGAGACCAGCGGUCGAGUCGAUCUUCGGCUGCUUUCAUGUUUUUCGAAGGAAUGUGAAAACUUUCAUUGAUCGCAAGCCACCAGCUCAGUUUUGGGCUCAGCGCGAAACGAGCUACGGCCCUGGGGCUGACAAACUCAUCCUCGAGGUCAGCGGCCACCAGCUUAGCCUUGAGCUCAGCGAGAGUCGAGCUGCGAUCUUGGGGCUGACAAACUCUUCCUCGAGACCAGAGGUCGAGUCGAUCUUCGGCUGCUUUCAUGUUUUUCGAGAAAAUGUUAAAACUUUCAUUGAUCGCAGGCCACCAGCUCAGCCACCAGCUCAGCCUAAAGCUCAGCCCGAAACGAGCUACGACCCUGGAUCUGACAAACUCAUUCUCGAGGUCAGCGGUCGAGCCACCAGCUUAGCACUAAGCUCACCACCAGCUCAGUUUUGGGCUCAGCGAGAGUCGAGCUACGACCCUGGAUCUGACAAACUCAUCCUCGAGGUCAGCGGCCACCAGCUUAGCACUAAGCUCAGCGCGAAACGAGCUACGACCCUGGAUCUGACAAACUCAUCCUCCAGGCCACCAGCUUAG